UUUCACAUGGCCUACCUACGUCAGAAACCGACCCGAUGGCGCACAGUUUAUACGUUCUCCUCUUGUAAGUGUAGGCGGUUGAUGCAGAUGUGCGCGCGUUGAAAUCGUAUCGUUUUUGUCCGCUUUAUCAAUUUUAUAUACAGGGUUAAUAUAAUACUGCUUUCUACCUCGGCGUCACUUCACCAUGUGCAUCGGUAUACUAAAGUAAUAUAAAUAUUUGUAACAUAGACUCCUACACCGGAUAUUUUCGUACACGUGCUGGCCGUGUAUCCUUCCGCCCGACCGUGAGAGUGGACAGACUAUCCCUCAGCUCAGACAGGGAUACCGCGGGAAUGAACAGAUCCCUUUAAUGGGCCCCAAACAACCGCAUUCUAACGAUCAGAAAUUUCACCAUUUAUUGACCUUUCUAAAUGUCGAAAUCAUUAACUCGUUGGAAUAAUGGCGGACAAAAUGACCAGGAAUGGGUUUGGCGUUGUACUGAUGUCCGUGUGGCACGCUGUGAUAACCCUGGUCAUGUUGCCAACGUUACUGAUUCAGUGGCUGACAGGGACCCCAACCACCAAACCUCUACCGCGCAGGAAGAUGUCGGAGAACGGUCAAUCAACGAAUGGAAAUGCUGACGGCCCUCUUGGUCUAACAGAGAGGGAACUGAAAAUGAUCAAGGUCAGCUGGGAUGUGUUGGCUGAGGACAAGAAGAGCAAUGGGGUCAAGUUCUUUAUGACGUUGUUUACGAUAUUCCCUACAUCGAAGGAUUUAUUUAAACACUUCAAAGACGUGCCGCUGGAUCAACUUAAAUAUGAUGGAGAGACGACCAAAAGUAACAAGAAGAUGGUAGCACACGCUAUGAGUGUGAUGUACGCGCUCGAGUCUUACGUAGAUAGUCUGGACGAUGCGUAUUGUUUAGAGGAAUUAGUGAAAAAGGUCGCGAUCAGCCAUAAGCCAAGGGGCAUAGGACCAGACAAAUUCAAGUUGCUUACACCUGUACUUCACGCGGUCAUUGAAGAUUUGGUGAAGGAUGACGAUUCAGUUGACCUAGAAACAAUAAAAAGCGGUUGGACAAAAUUGAUAGAUACAGUAUGCGAUAUAGUGGAAAAGGCACAAAAGGAGGUCUAAGAUAAAUUGAUGACGGUGUUACGACUUUUAUCUAGUAUUGCUCACGCCAUGUGGGCGGUUCAUCCAUGAUGAUUCUGCCUUGGAAUAUCAGGUCUUUCUCCUCCUCGGUAUAUAAACUUAAAUAUUAACAUAUUAUUAUAUAUGUUACGUGUGCACAUUUUCUGAACUGAGAACUUGUCUAUCCGGAAACACUACAACUCAUCUUUUUAAUACUUUAAUCAAAGACUACGGAAACAAUGAAAUAUUGAAAAAGAAAACAAAUUAUGGAUAUUUCAAAAUCAGUAUACAUUGGAGUGCCUGUGUUUGAUUUGGUCAUAGACUCAAUUGACAAUACAUUGAGAGUGUUUUAGAAAGAUGGUUUAUACAAUUGGGAAGAACUGUUGGCAACACCGAUACAAAGUUCCCUUAAAACUAUAUUAAAAUACUAACAAAGCCCUAUAAACAAAGGAACAAGGAAGGCAGAACGAUACCUACUCGGGCCAAACCGAUUAGUAAGACUGGCCACGAUAACGACUCGUGUUCAUAUGAGAAGAAAUUGUACAUCAGCACACACUGGAUCCAGUUGGUGUCUAUUUAAUAUAUAUAUAUCCUUUUAUAACGUUAUGCAAUUAACGUAAGUAUAAAGUAAGUCUAAUUCAUGUUUACGAUCGAAAUGAGUUAUUCUCGAGUAAUUAAGCUUGACAAGGAAUACAACAUAAAGCCACAAACUCGUAUAUGCAUCGUCACACCCAAACUGCUCUAGGUAGCAAGUGUGGUUUUUAGUUUCAAUUGUUAAGAGAUACUUAGCCGAUAACUUUGGCUGAACACGGUUACUAUGCGCUUAUAAUGUUGAAUUUAAGAUAAAAUAAUUUGUACACAUAUUUCGAGUUUGGUUUAUUUUAUGAGCAUAGAGUCAGAUAGGUACUCAUUGCAAUGAGUAUUAAUCGCAAAGGAUAGGCUUCAAUUCACUCCGACCUACACAUUUCGUGACAUAUAUGUGAGUCGCCUUAGCAUGGAUACCUCAUAUCAGCUACAGAGCUCAUGUAGCUAUAGAACACUAUCAUUUUUUCCAUUGAUGUCGCUGAUGUAUAUAUCUCUAAAAGGGGUAAAAGUUCACAAGGGGUACAUAUGUAUUGAGAUUAUGUGUAUUAGAAUGAUUUGUAAACGUAUCCUUAGUUUCCCACUGCCAGUAUUGUUCCUGUUGUUUAUAUAAAAAAUAUCAUGUUUUAUAUUGCUAAUUUUCUAUAUGCAUUUUUAUCUAUGUAAAUUGUUCGUUACACCAAUUUUAUCAUAUGUAUCAAACUGUGUUAUUUCUAUAGCGAACUAAUCACGAAAUUCAAAGUGGUACAUAACAGGUUAUAUUUUUAUCACGUGUUAGUGUUCUUUGUCUGUAAACUAUACGAAGCUCUUUCACCUAUGGUAAUAGAAACCUUGACAUGUUAUUGGAAUAGUGUGUUACUGAACAUGAUGUAAAUAGUGGUAUAAUAUAUGUUAUCGGAAACCACUUGUAUUGCCUUGUUUUGUAAUUCUUGUUUCUGGCUGUGAACUGUACUAUUAUUUUUAGCCUGGUGUACCAGCAAACACAAUUAAAAUCGUAGAAUAUUGCUGAAAAUAGGCAAUUAAUGACAUAAACAGCAUGUUUAUACAACUUUUAUAUGCAGGUGUCAAUAUAUCAGUAAAGGCUAUUUGAAUUUUUU